AUGGAGCCGACUGCGGUGACAAACAGCGGAGUGCAGCUGGAAACGCACAUUGAGACAAGCCAGCCGGCCACAACACCUCGGAAUCUCAACGCCGAAUCUCCGUCGCCAGGGCGACAGCGUGCCAGGGGUCAGCGGUCAAGCAAUAACUGCAAACCACCUCAAAUCACUGUGUCCCUUGAAACGGCUGCCUUAAGACUCUGUCUUCCCCCUUCUAGUCAACACCUCCUUUUCAGUCGGUAUGAGAAGCUUUCCAAGAUUGGCGAGGGGGCCUACGGCAUGGUCUUCAAGUGUCUCGACACUCAAACCGGGGACGUCGUCGCUGUGAAACGCUUCACCGCCUCGGACGAUGAUCCGCUGGUGAAGAAAAUAGCCUUUCGCGAAAUCCGCAUGCUCAAAAGAUUGAAGCAUCCCAACUUGGUGAAUUUAAUUGAGGUUUUCAGACGAAAAAAGAAGCUCCACUUGGUCUUUCAGUACAUCGACCACAGUCUACUCCACGAACUGGAUAGCCAGGCCUCGGGUGGAAUUGAUAGGGAGAAAAUCGUGCGGAUCACUUGGCAGAUCCUCCAGGGUAUAAACUUUUGCCAUCAAUCAAAUUGCAUUCACAGGGACAUCAAACCAGAAAAUAUCCUCAUUAAUGCCCAGGGAGAUGUGAAAUUGUGUGAUUUCGGAUUUGCUCGAUUUUUGGUCGACCAACAUGAGGCACUGGGUCCAGCUGCUAGUUCCGGCGAAAUCACUGUCCACAUUGGAUCAAGGCUUUCUGUCGCCGCGACCGAUGCACGGAUGAUGCUGGACAGAGCAGUCGAUACAGGCGGCACCUAUACCGACUACGUAGCCACGCGGUGGUACCGUUCGCCGGAACUGCUGGUCGGGGACACGCACUACGGUCCCCCGGUGGACAUCUGGGCUGUCGGAUGCGUCUUCGCGGAGAUGCUGACGCGGGUGCCCCUUUGGCCUGGCAGAUCGGAUCUGGACCAGCUCUACUUGAUUACGAGGAACCUUGGGAACCUACUGCCGCAACAGCAGAAGACGUUUCUGACGAACAGCUACUUCUCUGGCGUCGUGUUGCCUCGACCACAGACUGUGGAACCGCUGGAAGCCAAAUUCGAAGGAAUGAGACCCAGAAUUACGCCAGCUGAACUUGAAGUUUUGAAGUCGUGUCUUGUCAUGGAUCCCAACAGCCGCAGCACCUGUUCCGCCCUCCUUCAACUUCCGUACUUUCAAAAGACACGAAAUUCCACAUCCACGUCCAGCCAAGGCCCCGUGCAGAACGACGCGCCAGACGACGAGCCUACAAAGCGACCCACGUCGAAGGAGACGGUGGCGUCGGUUAUUUGCCUGGAUGGAAUGUCCUUGCAGAGCCCGGCAGUCAAAGCCAGGAGUGGCGAUCGCGCGGCACCGUCGUGUCCCGGCGUCACAACGGAGUCGGCUCCACACCACACCUUCGUGAGAGCUGACCAGAGGAAGUUGGCAGGCAGCACAAUUUCACUCUCCAGCAAAGGCACCAGCAUGAAACUACAGCCAGCCGUAAGCAAGCAAAGCCGCGCCAGCCGCGUCGCGAGGUCACGUGACGCCACCCUCAAGAACCUCCCGACGUGCUCCGAGCGCCGGUCCGAAGCACUGAUUGGUUGCUUUCCCCCUCCACCUCCACCUCCUCCCCCACCUCACCGCCUGGCGCACUGA